AAUGAGUAAUCUCAACUCGCUAAACUGGUUUUGGUCUGAACAAUUUUGGUUACCCGAAAAUGUUACUUGGUCAGAUUUACGUUCCAAAAAUGGAAUCCAAUACCCACAAUUUCACGAAUUUGGCUAUACUUUGCUUAUUGGGAUUUUAAUUACUUUGCUGAGAAUACUGGUUGAAGCUUUUAUUUUUGUUCCUGUUGGCUAUCUUUCUGGUUGGAUGGAUAAUAAAAAGGACACUCUUCUACAACGAAUCCACUCGCAUUUAUUUUUUGGUUUUGCCGGUCGUAGCAAAUUCAAACGGGUUUCAGAGACUGCAUGGCGUUUUACUUAUUAUUCCUGUAUUUGUAUUGCUGGUUUUUACAUUCUUCGUGAUCAACCACAAUUUACUUUUAUUGCUGAAAGUUUCAGGAAUUGGCCUAAUCAUCAUUUGCCAACCCCCGUUUGGUGGUAUUAUGUUAUUCAAACUGGAUUUUAUUGGUCAUUGAUCUUCAGCAUUUUGACUUUUGAUGUAAAAAGAUCAGAUCACAUUGAAAUGGCUUUGCACCAUAUGGCUACGAUUAUUUUAUUGGCUAUGAGUUUCACCGUAAAUUUUGUACGAUUUGGAUCCAUGAUUCUUUUGAUCCAUGACUGUGCGGAUAUUUUUUUAGAACUUGGAAAGCUAUUUCGCUAUGCUGGUUGGGACAAAGCUGUAACCAUUGACUUUAGUGUUUUUAUGUUUGUUUGGAUAUCAACUCGACUUUUUUAUUUUCCAUUUGUAAUGCUUCGGUGUAUGAUUUUUGAUGGACCAACAUUAAUACAGGAAUCUUAUCGUUGGGGAAAUUUAUUACAACGACCAAUUAUUCCACGUGUUUUCCUCUUAAUUUUGUGCUUUCUGCUAAUUCUUCACUUCUUUUGGACUUAUAUUUUACUUAAAAUUGCAAUUAAAUCGGUAAAUAAUGGUGUUGAUGAUAUUCGGGAAGUUAGUGAUGGGGAAGAAGAAGGAGGUGGAGGAGAAGGAGAUUCGAGUUUGUUAAAAACUAAAAAGACUGAGUGA